CACCGCCUCCUCUUACCUCUCAUACCCCAACGCCUCUCUCUCUCUCUCUCUCUCUCUCUCUCUCUCCUCUUCCUUUCUUGUUACCGCGUACCAUCGAUACCAGCCUGACUUCACACCAAACCCUUGCGCAAAUCUGCAAAACGAAAAAAGGAAACAUAUAUAGUACACACAUACAUACAUCUAUAUCUAUUGAGAGAGAGAGAGAGAGAGAGGAUGGUAGGGGCCGUCCAAUACGGAGCAUUGGCGGCCUGCGUAGUCCUCUUCGUUCCAAUGGUGAUGGCCGGUUGGCACCUCAGCCGCAACAAGAUGCUCUUCUUCAGUGGGGCCCUCUUCAUAACCCUAGCGGUAGGUGUCCACCUCACUCCUUACUUCCCAUUGAUCUCCAAUUUUGUAAAUUCCUCCGCUAAAUCUCCUUCAAUUGUAGUCUUAGAAAAUCGAGAUUCUUGCAUUUCUUUGCUCCACAACAUCGUAUACGAUGUCAAAAUACCCAAUCUUGAUGAUAUGAUUGAGGGGUCUAAUAAUGAUGUUGAUGGGUCUUGGGCCUGGGCUAGAUCCGACCCAGUUGCCUCCUGUGGGUUUCAGAAACUGGGUAGGGCCGACGUAUCCGAUCUGCUUAACGGGUCGUGGGUUGUGGUUGCCGGAGACUCGCAGGCACGGUUGGUGGUUGUUUCUUUGUUGAGUUUGGUUUUGAGGUCAGAAGAGAUGGAUUCUGUUAAGGUUGAUCUGUUUAAGAGGCAUAGUGAUUAUCAGAUAGUGGUUGAUGAGAUUGGGAUGAAGUUGGAUUUCGUGUGGGCGCCUUACGUGAGGAAUUUGACUGAUUUGAUGAUUGAGUUUAAGGGAAAUAAGAACUACCCGGAUGUUUUGGUGAUGGGGGUAGGGUUGUGGCAUAUGUUGCACAUGACUAAUUCGUCCGAUUAUGGUGUUUCGUUACGGUUGUUGAGGAAUUCGGUGGUCUCAAUGCUCCCGAUUUCUCCUGAGCUCGGAACUGAUGGGCCCGUGACGGGUUCCGCUUCCAUUCGGUCGCCUCACAUAUUUUGGCUAGGAAUGCCUGUGCUGAUAAACUCGAUGUUGAAUUCAGAGGAGAAGAGGGAAAAGAUGAGGGAUGCCAUGAGAGAUGCUUAUGAUAAAGAGUUUUAUGGAAGUAAGUUGUUGCGUCGAUCUGACGGCCCUCUUUUGUUAUUAGAUAUUCAGGCAUUGAGUCAGAAAUGUGGGCAACGGUGUACAGUUGAUGGGAUGCAUUAUGGUGGACUUGUUUAUGAAGCUGCUGUUCAUGUCUUGUUGAAUGCAUUGCUUAUUGAGUCUCAUCAGAAGCUAUGAUGUAAUGCUUUUUGCUUCUCCUUGGAUCUAUGAGGCACCAACCUGUUUGGAAGAUAUAAUGGACUUUGCUACCAAGUCAUUCCUUGCGGUUGCUUCAGUCCGCAUACGUGAUUUUUUUACCAGGUUCUUUCCUAGGCUGCAAUUAACUUGGUUCUGAAUUUUCUUUUUGUAGUUUCACAGGCGUUUUUCUGAUUUUUUGCUCUUUAAAAAAUGUACGAAUAUCGAGUUCUCACACAACUUGUAUUGUAGUUAGAGAGGGGCAUACCUCACAUCCAAUGUUGAUGUGAACAUGUACAAAAGUUCUGUACAAUGGAGUAUUUGACAGGAGCUUGGUUUUAGAGAAGCCAUUCAGAUUUUUUGCCUGUUCA